AAACGUUUAACGAUUUCGUUCAAUGUUUCAUACUGCAACAAGAACAACUCAAUAAAAACGUUGUUCAAGUUAUCCAAAACCAAGCCGGAGCUUCAGGGUCUACGCCUGCAAAAGGUCUUUCUGUACAGUUACCAAUAUUUGAAGGUAAAGAAGAAAAAACGCAAUUACGUAAUAUUAAACAAACCACCACAGUACAAGAGUAUGUGGCAAGAUAUCAAAAUUUACUGGGGCAAGUAGAUGGUAUGCAUGAAGCUGAUAAAAUUUUAUAUUUUACAGAAGGGCUAAAACCUAGUACAAAAGCAGAAGUAAGUUAUAGAGCACCAGAAAAGUUAGAUGAUGCAAUUAAAUUGGCUACAACGUAUAAUGUUGCAAUAUAUGGUGAAGCUGAAAAGAAACGAAGAAUAAUAAGUGAUGUGCAAACCAAUACACAAAAGGGAGAAGGACUGAGAAUAACAGAAUCAAUACCAAUGGAACUUGAUAAAGUCGAGGCAUCAAAAUACAGAAAGUACAAAAAGAGAACCUUUAAAACCAUAAAUGAUUCCACGAAAGCAGAAUUAAGACGAAAAGAGUUGUGUUUUUGGAUGUGGCCAAAAAGGUUAUCUGGCAAAAAAUUGCCUUAA